AUGUUACAAACACCAUCUCGAGCUUCUACCGCCUCCUCCUCCUCUUUCCAGCCCAUAUCCCGCCAAAAUACCAUGUCUUCUUACGACGGCUCGCGCUCUGCGCGCCAGUCGAAGCGCUACUCGAUGUCAGCUCUCUACAUGUCGAUCUCUGCCAAUGAGGGAGAUCUACAGAUUGAAGAUGAGCUUGCCAAAGCACAAAAGGCGCUGCGUGAUCUCAAGUCUAAGAUCUCAUCACAGUCAAAGAAGAACUUCGUUUUGGAAAAGGAUGUGCGCUAUCUAGAUUCACGAAUCGCGUUGCUUAUUCAAAACCGUAUGGCCCUGGAAGAGCAAAACGAAGUUGCCAGUCAUCUCGAAGAUGCUCUUGAAAUGCAGCAGGGUGUCUUCCCUAACGACGAUAAAACUCAGAAAUACGGAAACCUUUUGUUUCUGCUCCAAUCUGAGCCUAGGCACAUUGCACAUCUCUGCCGACUUGUCUCGAUGUCCGAGAUUGAUUCACUGCUCCAGACUGUCAUGUUCACUAUCUAUGGAAAUCAAUAUGAAAGUCGAGAAGAGCAUCUCUUGCUCACUAUGUUCCAGUCCGUCUUGACAUAUCAGUUCGACAACACGCCAGACUAUUCGUCCUUGCUCCGCGCUAACACUCCCGUCUCUCGAAUGAUGACUACAUACACCCGAAGAGGUCCUGGUCAGAGUUUCCUCAAAUCCGUGCUUGCUGAUAGAAUCAAUGGCUUGAUCGAGCUGAAAGAUCUUGACCUGGAAAUCAACCCGCUCAAGGUCUACGAGCGAAUGAUUGAACAGAUCGAAGAGGAUACUGGCCAACUGCCUCCCCAUCUUCCUAAGGGAAUCACUGGCGAACAAGCCGCUGAGAACCCUCAGGUUCAGGCCAUCAUUGAGCCCCGCUUGACCAUGUUGACCGAGAUUGCUAAUGGCUUCUUGACCACGAUUAUUGAGGGCCUUGAGGAAGCGCCUUAUGGUAUCCGAUGGAUUUGCAAACAAAUCAGGAGCUUAACCAAGCGCAAAUACCCAGAUGCUAAUGACCAGGUCAUUUGUACAUUGAUCGGUGGAUUCUUUUUUUUGCGCUUCAUUAACCCUGCGAUCGUUACCCCGAAAUCUUACAUGCUUAUCGACGGAACCCCGGCCGAACGACCCAGACGAACUCUAACAUAUAUCGCCAAGAUGCUUCAGAACCUCGCGAACAAGCCGUCCUACGCCAAGGAGCCGUACAUGGCUAAGCUCCAGCCGUUCAUUCAUCAGAACAAGGAUAGAAUCAAUAAGUUUAUGCUCGAUCUUUGUGAGGUCCAGGAUUUCUAUGAGAGCCUCGAGAUGGAUAAUUAUGUUGCCCUAUCAAAGAAGGAUCUUGAACUUGAGAUUACUCUCAACGAAGUCUACGCCAUGCACUCGUUACUUGACAAGCAUCAUGACGAGCUGUGCAAGGAUGACAAUUCGCAUCUUGCUAUCAUUAUGUCGGAAUUGGGAUCAUCACCCCCUCAGUUGCCACGAAAAGAGAACAGAGUCAUCAACUUGCCUUUAUUCAGUAGAUGGGAGUCAGCUAUCGGCGAUCUGACAGCAGCAUUGGAUAUCACGCAGGAGGAGGUUUAUUUCAUGGAAGCCAAGUCGAUUUUCGUACAAGUCAUGCGGUCGAUCCCAGCAACUAGCGGGGUAGCCAGAAGACCAUUGCGACUAGAACGCAUUGCUGAUGCCGCAGCUACCAAUCGCAGUGACGCAGUAAUGGUUCGCAAAGGUAUCCGGGCCAUGGAACUUUUAUCCCAGCUUCAGGAACUGCGCGUUAUUGACAAGGCCGAUCAAUUCAGCCUACUCCGGGACGAAGUUGAGCAGGAGCUUCAGCACCUCGGAUCACUCAAAGAGGGUGUUAUCACCGAGACCCAGAAGCUGCAAGAAGUUUACAAGACGAUCCGUGAUCAUAAUGUCUAUCUCAACGGACAACUCGAGACCUACAAAAGCUACCUGCACAACGUUCGAUCACAGAGCGAGGGUACUAAGAGAAAGCAGCAGAAGCAGCAAGUCCUUGGUCCGUACAAGUUCACACACCAGCAGCUUGAGAAGGAGGGCGUCAUCCAGAAGAGCAAUGUUCCCGACAACAGACGGGCCAACAUCUACUUCAACUUUACCAGCCCACUACCUGGAACAUUCGUCAUUUCAUUGCAUUAUAAGGGUCGCAAUAGGGGUCUACUUGAAUUGGAUCUCAAGCUUGAUGAUCUGCUUGAGAUGCAAAAGGACAAUCAGGAUGACCUUGACCUGGAAUAUGUCCAGUUUAACGUGCCAAAGGUGCUGGCAUUGUUGAACAAACGCUUCGCAAGGAAGAAGGGCUGGAUGGCUGGUAGAAUUCGACAGCCCAUCGAUGAGGCUGCGCUUGAGAAAUACAUUUCUGAGCAUGUCCCAACCAUCAAAACACCGAUUGACCUCAAACAGUUUGGUUUCGGUCAAUCCAAUCCUACGUACCAGAUUACUGCUUCAGAUGGCCAGCGCUUUGUGAUGCGCAAGAAGCCACCUGGAAAGCUCCUUUCCAAGACAGCACACCAAGUAGAGCGCGAAUACCGCAUCAUGCAUGCUUUGGAGAACACUGAUGUUGCUGUACCCAAAACGUACUGUCUAUGCGAGGAUGACUCUGUUAUUGGCACACCCUUCUAUAUCAUGGAGUUUCUUGAUGGACGUAUCUUUGAAGACUUUACCAUGCCAGGCGUACAGCCCGCCGAUCGUGAGGCUAUGUGGCGCGAUGCCGUGAUAACAUUGGCACGGUUCCACGCAAUUGACUACAAGAAGGUCGGCCUAGAGAAGUUUGGCAAACCAUCGGGUUUCUAUUCACGACAGAUCAAGACGUGGGUAACUAUCUGUGGUAGCCAGGAGAAGGUCGUCGACAUUGAGACCAAGGAGCCUGUUGGAAAGCUCCCUCACUUUGAGGAAACGGUCCGCUUCUUCAAGAACGAGCGUCUGCAACCCAAGGACCGGGCAACACUGGUACACGGAGAUUAUAAGAUUGACAAUUUGGUAUUUCACAAGACUGAACCAAGGGUCAUCGGAAUCUUGGAUUGGGAGAUGUCUACUGUCGGCCACCCGCUCUCCGACAUUUGCAACUUUCUUAUAAACUUCUACUCGGCCAAAUCGCCCGGUGCGACUCCUUAUGACGCAUCCGGAUUCCUGCCUGGCAAGACGCCUGGUCUUCCACAACCAGACGAGAUCCUGGAGUGGUACAGGGAGGAGAGUGGAUACGAUCCCCGGGCUGAGGUUCCAUGGGGAAUGUCGUUCAGCAUCUGGAAGCUGGCUGGGGUUUGUCAAGGAAUUGCGGCGCGAUAUGCGCUCAGACAGGCGAGUAGCGAGAAAGCGAAACAUCACGCUGUGACGAGAGGAUCUUUGGCAAAGUUCGCUUGGGCAUUGGCUAAAGAGGCUGGCGCGGAUGAGACUGGGACGAAACUUACAGGCGGCCCAGAGAACCGCGAUGCCCUGUAUAGUUGCAUGACAGACCCUCAUAGUCACUUGCCUGUGUAUACCAACAUACACCGUAUUCGUCGCGACAUCAUCAGCGUUGUUGAGGACUAUUUGAGCCUCGCCCAGCUGCAGGAUCUGAGGAUUAAUGUUACAGUUGUGCGGCCGUUGGUUGAUAAGUUCUAUGGCCUCAACGACAUUUCUAUCAUCUACUGUUUGCUGGUUAAUCGAGCUCAGUUUCUCGAAGAGCAGUCUCAUCUCAAUAACCGUCACAAUGUCAACUUCACACGUGCUACUCUAUGUGAGCUCAUAGCUACGCGCAUCCUGAGACGCUUUGGUGAAGUGCAUGAUGAUGGCCACGACGGCCUUUUGCUUCUGGCUCAUAUUCUAGUCGCUGGCUUUGAACCCUUCCAGAAUGCCCCAGAAGAGAUUCGAGAUGAGGCAGAGCGCACCACCUCCUGGGUUGAUUACAAGACUCUGCCAUCUCUUGAGGUUGCCAUUGUCACUGAGAGCAAACAUUUCUUGAGUUCAGCGACUUGUCAAAAGGUCGUCAACGCCAUAUACGAGGGCCGAAUUGUCUAUACCCCCUCGACAUUUUGGGACAUUAUCCCCGAUCAUUACAAGUUGAAGCCCAUAUCUAUUUAUGAUCCUCGCGAGUCCCCUCUUCUCAAUCAAUAUCGCCUGAUUGUCCCUCGAACCAGAAAUGUCCUGGAGUCAAUCCAAUUCGCCACACUGCUCACCCUCUACGUUGCGGUUAUGGUUCUUAGAAGGAAAAGCCGCUAUGGACCAACAGAAGCAGCCUUUUCUAUCUUUGCUUUUGGAUGGGGGUUGGAUCAAUUUGCUACUAUUUUAGCACAUGGUUGGAACGUCUAUACCCAGAACCUGUGGUCAUUCCUUGAUGUGGCCUUUGUUCUCAUCUACUGGGUAUAUCUUGUAUUGCGGUUCCUGGGCUGGAAGCAUGGUGACGCGAACCUUGACGAACAGGCGUUUGAUGUGCUUGCACUCGCCGCUCCUGUCCUGGUUCCACGGCUUGCUUUUAAUCUCCUGAGCGACAAUCUCGUGUUCUUGUCCCUUAGGUCAAUGAUGGCGGACUUUUUCUUCCUCACAGCUCUAUCUGCCUGGUGUUUCUUGGGGUUUCUGCUUUCACUUCUGUGGCUCGGCGAGGGGGCACACCCCAUCCUAACAAUAUCGAAGUGGAUGAUCUAUAUUUGGUUUGGAUUGGAUGGAACAGGUAUCCAUCGAUCGACCGAGUUUCACUGGCUGCUAGGACCUAGUGUGAUGGUAGCCUUCGCUUUCCUCGGAAACACACUUUUCCUUACCAUCCUUGUAUCGAUGCUCUCCAAUACAUUCAGUAAUAUUUCGUCAAACGCCAUAGCGGAGAUCAGUUUCCGUCGAGCAGUUCUAACACUUGAGGGCGUCAAGGCUGACGCUGUGUUCGCAUACCAGCCCCCGUUCAACAUCCUCGCCGUAUUCCUAUUCAUCCCGCUUAAAUUCGUCGUGAGUCCGCGCUGGUUCCACAAGAUCCACGUCACGGCGGUCAAGAUUCUGAAUCUCCCUCUCCUGCUCAUCAUCGCUGUUGCUGAGCGCCGUCUGCUCUGGCCCUCCCGUGAGAUCGAAGACCCGACGGAGAUCAAAGCUCCACCCCCAACAAAGAGCCAGUUUUGGAAGAAGUGGCGGUUGACGGUUCACCGAGAUCUUCGCGCCGUCUUUCAAGUGCCGCCGCCUGAUACUGUCCACGACGACAUCGCUGUCGAUGACGAUCUCACGCAUCAUCUCAUCCGUCGACAGUUUACACGCAAUGCGACAAAUGAUAUAGAGCCCCGCAACCUACAUAACACCUCUAGGCCCGAUCCCGGCGCUCGACGUCCAUCACGACGAGAUUCUAUGUUUCCUGGGAUCCCACCCCAGAAGCUUCGAGGAUCUUUCUCCGAGAAUGACAUGUUUGAGGGAACUACAGAUAGACUGGCCAAUAUGGAAAAGGCGAUACGGCGCAUGGAAACGAUGCUAUCUCGCCUAGUUCCAUCUGUCGAGGACGCCAUCAGCGAUGAUGAGCUGGAGCAAAGCGGGACACUUAGGGGGGACAAUACUGCCGAGUCGUCAUUUAGAGGUUUAGCGGAUCGUGAUUCAUGA